AUGGCCACUAUCAGACACGAAUUUUACGAAACCGACGAGAAGCUCACGCUCUCCAUCUUCGACAAGGGCGCCGAUCCCGCCCAGUUCACGUACACGCACGGGGAAAAGACGCUCGUCCUCGAGCCGCUGAAGGGCCAAAUCGACCCGGAUGCGAGCGAUUAUACGGUUGGGAAGGUCAAGGUCGAGGUGCGGCUCGUAAAGCGCGCCCAGGGGCGGUGGGGCGAGCUCGUUGGCGAUGCGCCUGAUCCCCUCGCAAACACCAACUACCCCACGCCCUCCGAGCCCGCUCCCGCCGUGCGGAAACCACGCAAAAACUGGGAAGGGAUCACCACCACGAUCCUGAGCUCCGAGAAGGAGAAGACGACGGAGGAGGACCCGAACGUCGGCGGGGACAGCACACUCAACUCGUUCUUCCAGAAGAUCUUCGGUGAUGCGGACGACGACACAAAGCGCGCGAUGAUGAAGAGCUAUUCGGAGAGCGGCGGCACGACGCUCAGCACGAAUUGGGACGAGGUGAAGAAGGGCAAGGUUGAGGUGAAGCCGCCUUCGGGCUCGGAGUGGAAGAAGUGGAAUUGA